CUGAACGUUGGCAGAGUCGGUUACGGCCAUUCCCUUAGGCAGCCGAACCGGAGUCGAUGGUUUGGUUAGUCUCCUCAGACGCCAUGAGGAGGAGAGGCCCCGAGGUGGAGGCCUGCGGCGUGUGGCUGGACGCGGCAGCGCUGAAGAAGCGGAAAGUUCAGGUGGGACGUUGGGGCACGAGAGGGUGGGUGAGGGAGCUAGGGGCCUGCCGGCUGGAGAAAAGAGGAGUUUGGGGGGACCGGGAGGUGAUGGAAGCAAAGUCGGGGACGAGAAAGGAACAGCUCUGGGAUGUCAUUGGGAAGACAAAUGAUGGUGGCCAGAGGAGUGUUUCAUCUCAUGUAGGUCAGGCCAAAGAAGAGUCUAAGAAGAAAGAUGCAACCCAGCUAGACCAUCUCAUCCAGGGCUUGGGGCAUGAUUGCAUGGCACCCCCUUUGGCCACUUCAACCCCUGCAGACAUCCAGGAAGCUAGACUUUCUCCUCAGUCCCUCCAGACUUCUGGCCACCACAGAAUGGGAACCUCAGUUUUGACUGAGUUAUCUUUACUCCAGCCUGACACCUUCGGCUGUGCUGAACGGAGUAAAGCCUCACUGGCUUGUUCCUUCACCCAGAACUUGGAAAGUUCUUGCUUGCUGGAUCAAAAGGAGGGAGAGAAGGAUUUUUCCUGGGAGAGGGAAUGGCUUCAUGGAUCUAAGAAAAAGAACUAUCGGGGUAUGAGGAGACACAUUAAGCCACCUGGGGGCCAAGGCCAUCAGCCCUUGGACAAGACUAAACUGGGAAAGGUGUCUGCUAAAGAAACCUGGCAGGCCCCUGUCCUCCUCCAAACAUACAGGGAUUCCUGGAGUGGAGAAAACACAGAAUCCAUGAAACAAAGCCCUUCUCCUGUUUCAGUGUUUUCCUGGGACAGUGAAAAGAAUGACAAGGACUCCUGGAGUCAGCUUUUCACUGAGGAUUCCCAGGGCCAGCGGGUCAUAGCCCACAGCUCUAGAGCUCCUUUCCGAGAUGUAACUAACUGGAAUCAGGGCUUGGGGCAGUGUCCUAAAAGCCUUCGGACUCAGGGCCAGGAUAGGCCCACUCAGUUAAAUCUGCAGCCUGAUUUCCUCUUUACCCAGGACUCUGAAGGUAAUCAGGUUAUCAGGCACCAUGUCUAAAUGUCUUUGUGAGAAUUUGGAUCUAAUAGUACUUUGAAAUGACAGAGAUAACAGGUAAAUAUCUUGUGGCUGGGGAAGAUGUGUUUGGUAGGAAGUACAUAUGGAAUGCAACUUGUCAUUGAGCAUUUUUCGUGUGUAAAUAAAGCAGGUGGAGUGACUUGUUGAGAUAGUGUGAUUGCCAUUGUGCCUUUUCCUGAGGAAGAGGUGGAUGGUGGAUUCCCUCUGAGUCUGUGACAAGUCUAUGAGAGCAGGACAGGCACUUAUCCUUUCACUAAAAAGGGGUUACUGUUAGUCAGCCUGCAACGAGCCAUCUCUUUGCCCUUUCAGAUGCCUGACUGGGACACUGCUGCUUAUGGAUGUGUGUUCUUUUAAUCUCUCGCUGAUAUCUUAUCCACUCAACCUAAACUUGGGACCGUUAUUCCUUAUUUGAUUGGUAAGGCAAACUUUCCAGGCCCAGGUGUACAGGGUCAGGGAUGACAGACUGGGAAUGAGGGUGGUUGUUUUGUUUUGUUAUUUUUGUGGUAACUUUACAGCAUUUAAAAUUCAUAUUCUGUUUAAACAUCACUCCCUAAAAUAGCCUGAGCUAUAUACCAAUCUAGAUGUGACCAUAUCAUUCUACUAUUAGGAUGGGAGAGAACUUCCUUUGUAAAGCUAUCAAUCUAAAUACAUGACUGUUUACAAAGCUGAUUCUGAUGGUAAUUAAAACAUCAAUUUUAUUUUUGUAAAAGCAACUUUUUAAUAGUACACGUUCUGUCGCUGCCAUGAGUCUGAGUUGAACACCUGUGUUCUAUCCAAGAUGUUAUGCACCAGGUGGCAGUUUCCCAUGUUGCAGG